UCAGUGCGCUGAUAGCUGCGUGGGUCUGGCAGAGCAUCCUCCUCACAGCAUCCUCCUUAUGUAAUGCCCGAAAUGCUGUCGGAUGGAUGGGACUAAAACUGGAGGAAACCUGAGUGAAGCUGCGGAACAGCGCGGUGUUUAGGGAGGAAAACGGACCGAUUUUUAAAUCAUCAGAUUUCUCUCCAAGCAUCAGGGGCCUCCUGAAGGGGCGCAGCCUCUUGGAUCUGCACACACGCACUUCUUUUUCUCUCUCCAGAUAUAUAAUUAGCCUGCAUCAUACAUCUGCUUGGAGAAACCAAUGCAGGUUUGUUUGAGAGAAAACAGUCGAUCUUUUUCUUUGCAUUCCUCUCUGCUCAUCCAGCAGCCAGUGCGCUGUAGAAUAAAUGAUGGCGGGUCCAGAGCAGCAGCAGCAGCAGCAGGCAGAGCGCAUAGAUGAUGCUGAGAUGGCUCUGCAAGGCAUCAACAUGCUGCUCAACAACGGAUUUAAGGAGAGCGACGAGCUGUUCAAGAGAUACAGGACUCACAGCCCUUUGAUGAGCUUUGGAGCAAGCUUCGUCAGUUUCCUGAAUGCCAUGAUGACAUUCGAGGAGGAGAAGAUGCAGAUGGCCUGUGAUGACCUGAGGACCACUGAGAAACUCUGUGAGAGUGACAGUGCUGGAGUGUUAGAGACACUCCGAAACAAGAUAAAAAAGAGCAUGGACUCCCAAAUGUCAGGCGUUGCUGUUGUGGACCGCCUCCAGAGACAGAUCAUUGUUGCUGACUGCCAAGUGUAUCUAGCUGUUCUGUCUUUUGUCAAACAGGAGCUCUCAGCCUAUAUAAAAGGAGGCUGGAUUCUCCGUAAGGCUUGGAAGAUGUACAAUAAAUGCCACAGUGACAUCAGUCAGCUGCAGGAGACCUGUCAGCGGAGGCCCUCAGGUAACCAGCAGUCCCUCUCAGCUGACAACGCCAACCACAAUGUGGAGAGCGGCGUGACGGCCGAAGCCCUGGACCGACUCAAAGGCUCGGUCAGCUUCGGCUAUGGCCUCUUCCACCUGUGCAUCUCCAUGGUACCUCCACACCUGCUGAAGAUUAUCAACCUGCUGGGUUUCCCUGGUGACCGUCUCCAGGGCCUGUCCUCUCUCAUGUAUGCGAGUGAGAGUAAGGACAUGAAGGCACCGCUUGCUACGUUGGCCCUCCUGUGGUAUCACACCGUGGUGCUGCCCUUCUUUGCCCUGGAGGGCUCGGAUACUCACGCAGGGCUGCUGGAGGCCAAAGCCAUCCUGCAGAGGAAGUCGGUGGUUUACCCCAACUCAUCCCUCUUCAUGUUCUUCAAGGGACGGGUUCAAAGACUGGAGUGCCAUAUCAACAGUGCUUUGGCCUGUUUCCAUGAUGCAUUAGAGCUUGCAUCAGACCAAAGAGAGAUCCAGCAUGUGUGUCUCUAUGAGAUUGGUUGGUGUAGCAUGAUAGAGCUGAACUUCGAAGAUGCCUUCAGAGCGUUUGAGAGAUUAAAAAAUGAGUCCCGAUGGUCGCAGUGCUACUAUGCCUACCUGACUGGAGUGUGUCAGGGGGCUUCAGGGGACCUGGAUGGAGCAAAUGGAGUUUUCAAAGACGUCCAGAAGCUGUUCAAGAGAAAAAACAACCAGAUAGAGCAGUUUGCUGUCAAAAGGGCGGACAGACUGAGAAAGGUCUCACCCACCAGACAGCUGUGCAUCCUGGGGGUUAUCGAAGUUCUUUAUCUGUGGAAAGCUCUUCAGAACGGCUCCUCAACUAAACUGCAGAUCAUGAAUCAGGUGUUGCAGAGUUUAGAUGAGCCUUCCUGCAGAGGCCUGAAAAAUCUCCUCCUCGGUUCGGUCCUUAAAUGCCAAGGAAACAUCAGAGAUGCUGUUCAGUCGUUCCAGCUGGCUGUGAGGGAUGAGUACGGACGACACAUCAACUCCUACAUUCAGCCGUACGCCGUCUAUGAGCUUGGGUGUAUCCUCCUUGCAAAUCCAGAGACAGUGGCAAAGGGGAGAUCGUUCCUACUUCAAGCCAAGGAGGACUUUACAGGCUAUGACUUUGAAAACCGGCUUCAUGUCCGCAUCCACUCAGCGCUGGCCUCCUUGAAGGAGGUGGUUCCUCAGUGACUCCAAGAGGGAAGACUUUAAUGUCGCACAAAGUUGUAGUCCCGUCACUGGUGAUAGCACACUCUGUGUUUUUCUUCUAAAACGAACCGAGGACACAAUUGGGAAACGGUUGUCACAUUAGACAGUCUGAUAAUAAAGUGCUAUCUCUGUGCAUUUUGUAAAGCAGCAGAUCAAGAUGCUCGUUCUCGCACACGGGUAGACAAAGGUCAUGUUUGGUGCAGAGAUGUGUCCUGAACUCCACCAAGCCGCCCACCAGCAACUGCAUCUGGUUGCAAGUGUAAAAAAUGCCUCUGAUGCUAUAGAUGCGGUUCCAUCGCAAAGUGUGAUGUAAAUAACAAGCUUAAAACAGGGCAACCUAACUGCAUAAAGAAGAUCAGUGCUAGCUACCUUCCUCCUCCCCCGGUUUAUCUUAGCCAGUUUGUCGCUUCCUGGACCUUUUUCUGGACUGAAUGCACAGAGAUUCAGCUGAAACACAGUUUUUAUUAAAUCCACUCCUUGAUAUUCUUUCAGUGUUUUCUCUCACCGUAAUGUAUUUGCUGUCCGCUAACAUAUGUACUCAUUAACUUGUGCAUUUUAAGGACUUAAAUUCUGCUUUUAGCUUAAUAAAACAGAUUAGCACACA